CUAAAAGUGAAAUUUUUGUCAACAUGAGAAAUGAUAACAAAGAAAGCGCUAUUCACAAAUUUUGCACAUUAGGGCGUCUUAACAUUGUCAAGUUUUUGAUAAGUCAAAAGUGCAAUCUAGACUGUACUACUAGCUCAGGGCAAACACCUCUAAUGAUUGCAUCAAAACAUCAGUUCCUACAUGUUGUAAAAUGUCUGAUUGAAAACAAAGCCAGCGUAAAUAUACGAGACAAUGAUGGUGAAUCAGCACUACAUGCUGCAGUGAAAUGUUGUAAUUUCGAAAUUGUAUCAUUCUUAGUAGAGAACGGAGCUAAUGUCACCCAAUCAAAUAAUGCCGGGCAAACGCCACUUUUCUAUGCGGGAAGUUUGAAAACUAUUAAGUAUUUGAUUGAAAAGGGAGAUGAAAUAAACCGGAUAGACAAAAGUGGUGAAAUGGCUUUACACUUCAAUUCUAAAUCUUAUAAGCUUUCAGCUGUUGAUGCAUUAUUAGAAUUAGGAGCAAAUCCAGAUAUCACUACAGAUGAAGGCACCACGGCUCUAAUGAUCGCUGCCAGUGUGGGCUACAUUUCUGUCGUGAAAAGUUUAAUAGCAAACGGAGCUAACGUUCAUGUACGAGAUAGUCAGGGGAGAAACGCUUGCAUGUACGCUGUAAUAGGUGUUAAAAACAAAAAAGACUGGUAUGUUGCAGAAUAUGGAGAUUCUUAUAAUGAUUGUUACAGUGAAAUGUUUAGGGAAUCUGACGUGGCAGAUGAUCUCUUUGACAUUAUGAAUUUCCUGGUUAGUGCUGGUGCAGAUUUAAACAUUUUGGAUAAUGAAAAUCGAUCUUUAAUUGUGUAUACUUUAUUAAAUGUAAAAAAGGAGUCGCAGAAAGAAUGCAUUCAAAAGUUUUUGAAACUUGGUGUUGAUCCUAUCCUGCAUGAAAAUCACCGGUAUUUAUUAAAUGAGUUUAUUUUGCCAGAAUGCUGGCCGUAUUUUGAAGAAAAACGUGCACGCUUUGGUCUAAAAGAUAAUUCAAAAAUUAUUUUUCAAUUUCUCCUAAUAAACGGAAUCACACUGUGUCAUUCAGUGAACAAUUACACUCAAUUUAGUGAAUCAAAUUUUACCUGCGCUGCUCGGAACAAAAACUUUGAUUUCCUUCGGUUCUUUUUAGCCACGGGCUUUAUCUUUACAUCUGACUUGAAGAGUUUGCGUAAUGACAAAUACUUUAAAGACGAUACUGAUGAGUACUUAGACACCAAUGACUCACUACAUGCUGAGUUAACUUUGGCAAAAAGAGAACCCUGGCCACUGGUCAAACUAGCUUUUAUUGAAGUCUCCACCUUACUUGGGACUGGGCCUAUGAGAGAAGAAAAACUAAAACAGACCAAACUCCCACCAAGAUUACAGCGAACGUUGAUGUUUCAAGAACCAAUAUCAAGAUUACCUGUAGAAGACUGGUCUAAAAUACCUCUUUGUUUUGACCCAGUACAGUACGAGACUUUACCCUGUCCUAGACCUUUACUCUACUACUGGCCUGUUGGUCGUAGGCUCGUCGACUGAGAAACUUGUAUUCGU